CUCUCUGCACGGGUGGCCAGAACAGCGCAGCUCCAUCUCUGAGUCGGAGCUGCCCAGACGGAGCACAAGGCCUGCAGAGGGGAAGGCACCUAGAGGACCGAGAGGAUGGGGAACUCUCUGCUGAGGGAAAACAGGUAUUUUAGGUGCUGGGACCACCACAUCACAGAAGGGUGUUUCUGCCUUCCAUGGAAAAAAUUACAUAUUUUUAAAGCCAGACAAGAUUUCCCAAAGGAAAGUGAAGGAACAUCAUCUGCCACCAACCAGCAGGACAAUGCUGACCAGAGCUCUGCAGAGGAGCUGUGCUAUGCCCUCAUCAAUCACAGAGUCCUCAGGAGAAGGCCGUCGGGGAACUCUGCUGAGGGGUACUAUGAAAACGUCUUUCCCCAGGCUGAGAGGCCCAGAGAGUUGUGGAGAGGAACCGAGACUGACUACUCACUUCUCCAUGUGCCUUCCACCCCUAGGCAUCCUCCUGCCCCAGAAAAUGAAUAUGAAUUUCUACCCACUAGAACCUCCUCUCACAGCCUGGAAUAGCCACACCCACUUACACCACUUCUGAAGCUCAGUUUUCCCAUUUAUAAUGAAGCAGUUGGACCAAAAUUUGUUUCAGCCCAGCAAAUAAACCUGGGGAUAGUA